ACGUUCCACUAGAGAUGCUCUUAGUGCGUUGCGUUGCUCACCUGUAUAGUAUAUCUAAUCUAAUCCCCCCAGCCACACCACCUGCAGCAAGGAGACGACCAUUCAUUCAGCUCGUUUCUCCCUUGGAUCUCUCAACCACUCCUCUCAAGGGUUUUAUUACACUAUUGGACAUUCUGUAUCAGUUCCGGUCUGUGCUGAGUAUUUGUUGCCGCGUGAAUAAUUUACUGGAGACAACUUUCUUGUACAAUUACCAUAUACUGCUAUAGGAAGAUACAUGGAUCUUGAGGUCCUGGAGCAUAUACUUGAUGGAAGAGAGAAGCCAAGAAAUCUAUCAUUCACAUUUUUGAAGAAUAUCACUGAGAACUUCUCGGAAGAUCGAGAAAUCGGCCAUGGUGGAUUUGCAACGGUUUAUAAGGGAGUGCUCCCAAAUGGAAACGUCGCGGUAAAGAGGAUAAGGAACAGUCAUUCAAUCAAUGAGACAUUAUUUUGUCGUGAAGUUGACAGCCUGUUGAACAUUGAACAUAAAAAUGUUGUACGGUUUCUUGGCUUCUGUGCUAGCACAGAGCAAACAGCCAUCCAAAUCGAAGGAUCGAAACAACAUAUUUACGCUGAGAUAAGAGAAAGACUACUCUGUUUUGAGUAUAUCAGCAAUGGAAGCCUACAAAAAUAUAUUACUGAUGAAUUAAGGGGCCUUGAAUGGAAUACACGAUAUGGAAUAAUUAGAGGCAUUUGUGAAGGUUUGUAUCAUCUGCACAAGGAAAAGCAGAUAUACCAUAUGGAUCUAAAACCCGACAAUAUACUCCUAGAUAAUGAUAUGGCGCCGAAAAUCACGGAUUUUGGCUUAUCAAGACUUGAUGAAAAGACCAAAACCAUGAGUGAAUACCGUCUUGGAUCAUUUCGAUAUUGUGCUCCAGAAUACCUACACCAGGGGAAGAUGUCAUUCAAAUCAGACAUGUACAGUUUGGGUGUUAUAAUUAUCGAACUAGUGACAGGAGAAAAGGUGAUCCCGCAUAAUAAUAACAACAAUGUACUUAGGAGAUGGAGGCACAGAUGGAAAAAAUCAGGGAAGGAAACACCAUUGGUCUACCAACAAGUAGCAAAAUGCAUCAAAAUUGGGCUACUCUGCCAGGAACAGGACCCGUCCAAACGGCCUUUUAUAUGGGAUAUGAUACAUGAUAUAAGAGAAACUGAAGGUAUUAAUGGAAAAACCAGCAAUUCCUAUGAACAUUCAUUUGGACAGAUAAUCCCUUACUUAGAAGACGACAUGCUUGGCAUUGAGCCACUUGAACUACAUUUUCCUUUUGAGCUUAACAAACAGAUGUCAUGCGCACUCCAGCUAACAAAUGAGACAAACUCUUAUAUUGCCUUCAACAUCCAAAAUACGAGCCCCUUGUCAUACUGCACAAAACCGCAGAAAGACAUUAUGCCGCCACAAUCCAAGUGUACUAUUGAAAUUACAAUGCAACUGCAGGGCAAGGCACCAGGGUAUAUGCAUCGCACCAAUGAACUUACUGUGUGGAGCACCAAACUGAAUGAUAGCCUUGCAGUUGAGGAUAUAACUACAAACAUGUUCAUUAAUGAGGCGGUCAACACGGUUGAUGAGGUGAAUUUGGAUGUGGCUUUUGAUGCACGGCCACAAAGCGAGCUUCUUGAUGUCCACCCUCCCGAGCUUGGCCCUUCCUUGGAAUCCAGAAAGUUUGUAGUUAUAUCCUCAGCUGCAAGGCAAGAGUUGCCAUUAUAAAUACAAUGCAAGGAGAAGUCGUUGGUUCUAGGCACUAUAGUAAGCAAGGAUCAAGUCGACUCCACUCAGCCACAUGAAGCAAGUGCCGAAACAAGUGAGGCGCAAGAACCACUUGAAGGGGAUGGUGAGAAUAUGUGCAUCUCAGAUGAAGAUCUAGAUGGUGUCUUAGAUGAUAACCCACAAAGACUGCUUCAAUUAUUCGUGUAGGAGCAUUGAUCAUGUAUUAUGUCGUGUGGAAAAGUAUCUCCAACUUCACAAAUCUCAAUUAGUUCCACAUGAUGAAGAGAAUUAGGCAUCAAUGUCUGUUUAGCUGCCUAUGUUCCUGGAAAUGGCCCUAUCUGAGUGAAUAGGCAGAACUAAGAUGUAGCAGAAUGUUUCCCUUAAAAAAAGAUGCAGCAGAAUGUACUUUUUUUAGGACAUAUAUAUAUUUGUACUCAUGAAGAUGAGAACUAGAAAAGCACUUUUGUUGUUUUUUUAAGAAAAAAGUGAAGGAAAUAUGCCUAGAGGCAAUAAUAAAGUUGUUAUUUUAUA